UUAGGAAAGCAAUAGUGGGGAAGAGCUAUGGUCCCUUUUUUUUCUUUAAUUUUGUCAGUCAGGUUUGAAAGGCGAGUAUUAUUAAUCUAGAGAGAAAGAGUGGGAGAUAGAGAGAGAGAGAGAGGUGCGCUCAUAGAGAGGGGAGGCGGGCCGUGAGAUAAAAAUUAGGGCAAAUCAGUUUCACUCUUACAGUGAUUCUCUCUUAAGACCUAGGGUUUUUCGUGUCUGCUCUGGUUCUUCACCUAAAGAAGCAGGGCUGCUGUUGGAAAAUGUAAAAUCAGCAAAGUGACUACCAGCACGCUGGAUGGUUGACUGCCUCCAUGGACUUAAAUGCCUCUCCUGUUCCAGAAGACGAUGAAGAGGAGCAUAUUUUUGAAGAGCAAGCUGAGGAAGAUACUGUAGAUGGACAUGUAGAGACAGCUGUUGAGAUUCUGCGCAGAGAACGAGAAGAGAGGCGUCAACGUAGGAAAAGAGAAAAUCAAAGUGAGGAGCCAAAGCGGCCAGCACAAAUACCAAAGUACAAUCCUGUUCCUCAACAAAGAAAUCCUAGAUCACAUGAUAGAGCCCAGCAACUACCUACUGGUUGGUUGGAUUGCCCCAACUCUGGAAAGCGUAUUGUCGCCAUUAUCCCUUCUAAAGUUCCACUUGGUGAGUCCUUCAAUGAUUUUAUUGCACCUGGAAGAAGAUAUUCUUGGAAACAAGUGCUUCGCCAACAAAAGGUGCUAGGAAAUGAAAUUUGUAUGGUGAUUGAUUUGACAAAUACUGCUCGGUACUAUGACCCAUCAGAUUGGAAGAAGCAAGGUAUUAAAUAUUGCAAGAUAGCUUGCAAGGGACGAGAUGCUGUACCUGACAACGUUUCUGUCAAUUGUUUUGUCCAUGAGGUACUACAAUUUAUGGAGCGCCACAAGGGGAGCAAUAGGAAGUGUGCUCUUGUUCAUUGUACUCAUGGUUACAAUCGGACAGGGUUCAUGAUUGUUAAUUACCUUGUUCGGUCACAUGGAUAUUCAGUUACAGAUGCACUGGAUGUUUUUGCUGAUGCACGCCCUCCUGGAAUAUAUAAACCAGACUAUAUUGAUGCCUUGUUCUCAUUUUAUCAUGAAAGAAGGCCUAAAAUAUUGACAUGCCCUCCAACACCAGAGUGGAAAAGGCCUUCUGAGCUUGAUCUUAAUGGUGAAGCAGUGUCCGACAGGGAGGACGAUGGUGUGAAAAUAGUGGAAAUGGAAAAUACUGUGAUGACAAAUGAUGAUGUAUUAGGAGAUGAAAUCCCCACAGAUCAGCAAGUAUUAUUGCAGAAAAUCUGCUUUACGAAACUGGAAUUGGGAGGAGCAAAUCUUCAUUUUCCUGGUUCACAACCUGUGUCUCUUGACAGGUCGAAUUUACAGCUCCUUCGUCAGAGAUAUUACUAUGCGACAUGGAAAGCUGAUGGAACAAGAUAUAUGAUGCUUAUAACUUUGGAUGGAUGCUAUUUGAUUGACAGAAAAUUUUGUUUCCGGAGGGUCCAGCUGCGGUUUCCUAGAAGAUCUUCCAAUCAGGGUCCAUCUGACAAAACUCAUCACUUGACAUUACUUGAUGGUGAGAUGAUUAUUGACACUGUACCUGAAACUGGCGAGCAGAAAAGAAGAUAUCUUGUUUAUGAUAUGAUGUUGCUGAAUGGUGUUUCAGUCACAAAGCUUCCCUUUUGUGAAAGGUGGAAAUUAAUUGAGAAGGAAGUUGUUGAGCCCCGUAAUAGUGAUGUUUCGAACAAUCAUUCUUACAGAUAUGACAUGGAACCUUUCAGAGUAAGAAGAAAGGAUUUUUGGAUGUUAUCUGCGGUUAUAAAGGUGCUGAGGGACUUCAUUCCCAAGCUUUCACAUGAGGCAGAUGGUCUUAUAUUUCAGGGGUGGGAUGAUGCAUAUGUUUUCCGGACACACAAAGGCCUUCUCAAGUGGAAAUUUCCUGAUAUGAACUCUGUUGAUUUUCUAUUUGAGGUUGGAGAGGAAAACCAUCAAACACUUUAUCUUCUUGACAGAAAAAAUAGACGACAAUUACAAGGAGCUUAUGUUGUAUUUAAAGGUGGUGAGGACCCUUCUGAAUUUAACGGGAAAAUUAUGGAGUGUUCUUGGAAUGCCCAAGAAGAACACUGGGAAUACAUGCGCAUCCGAACAGACAAGGAAACUCCAAAUGCAUGGAAUACUUACACAAAGGUUAUGCAAAGUAUUCAGGACAACAUUACAGAGGAGGAAGUACUUGAUGAGAUUACUGAGAUUAUACGUCUUCCAAUGUAUGCUGAGAGAAUUUCCCGGGAGAGUCAAGCCCACCAACAUGCUCGUCGCAAGUGACUGCUGAUGAGUUCCCGCAAGUGCUAUCACUUGGCCCAUUCAUUUAUACAUAGUUGUAAAAAAUAUAGUCUUCCAUCAAGUAGUCUUAGAAUUUAUUAGGUUUAGAAUUGCCUUUUGGUGCUGAAUAGAGUUAGCAGCAGCCAAGCUCCUUACGUAUGAUACCCUAUUGUUUUUCUCAUCCCAUUUAUUUAACUUGGUUUUGAAUCUGUCCAUCAUCAAUUUGUUCCUGCUGUUAAUGUAAUGGUAAAUGCAUAGAAGUUAUUUUAGAAAUAAGAAGUGAUUUCAAAGACGGGAUACUGCAGCUACUUUUCAGUGCUAAUAAUUUCGCUAGAGAAGCCCUUCAAUUGUCUUCCAA